AUGAAAGUGGAGGCGGCAUUGGCUUCCACGAGAAAGGGUGUAGUACCCAUCGAUGCCAUCGCCAGUGAAUCGAGAGGCACAAGUGUUGAAGCGAAAACUUGGGAGACUCAGACGGGGAAAACGGGAGAUCAACUAGGGUGUGCAAAAGGGUUGGAGCAAAGUGAAGAAAAGAGUGAGAGUGUAAUGAAAAAGGGUCCCAUUGGGAAUGUAGUUUCAGUGGUGAGGAUCGAUAAUUGUAAAGAGAAAAUUUCACGCACCAGUCCCAUCAUGAUCAUCUGCGAGGCUUCAUCGUGGUGUCGUGUAUCGGAGUGA